AGAGAAUGAAAAAAGAGAAGAGAAUAAAUAUAAGUAUAUGGUGUUUAUUAAAGUAGAAUUGGAGAAAAUGGAGAGGAAGGGGGAUAUAGAGGAAAGGAUUGAGAGAGGAAUGUCAGAGGCGUUACUGAGUGGUAGAAGGAAGAUCAUCAACAACACCUCUUCUCAACUCGCCAUCGUUGGAUCCAAUAUUUGCCCCAUUCAGAGUCUUGAUUACGAGAUAAUUGAGAAUGAUCUAUUGAAGCAGGAUUGGAGGUCAAGAAGAAAAGUUGAGAUUUACCAAUACGUUGUUCUAAAGUGGACACUUGCACUUCUUAUUGGUUUAAUUACAGGAAUUGUUGGAUUCUUGAAUAACAUUGGAGUUGAGAAUAUUUCUGGUUUGAAGGUUUUACUGACCAACAAUCUGAUGCAACAGCAGAAGUAUGAAGAAGCAUUUGCAAUGUACGUUGGGUGUAACAUGAUAUUAGCAGUUGGAGCUGCAGCACUAUGUGCAUACAUUGCCCCUGCAGCAGCAGGGUCUGGCAUACCAGAGGUGAAGGCAUACCUGAAUGGGAUAGAUGCACAUUCUAUAUUGGCCCCAUCUACACUCUUUGUAAAGAUAUUUGGUUCAAUUUUAGGUGUUGGUGCGGGAUUUGUUGUGGGGAAAGAAGGACCAAUGGUGCAUACAGGCGCUUGCAUUGCUAAUCUACUAGGACAAGGUGGUUCUACAAAAUAUGGACUGACCUGGAAAUGGCUGAGAUACUUCAAAAAUGAUAGAGAUAGAAGGGAUUUGAUCACGUGCGGAGCAGCUGCAGGUGUUGCUGCUGCCUUUCGUGCCCCUGUUGGUGGUGUCCUUUUCGCACUGGAAGAAGCAACUUCAUGGUGGAGGAGUGCUCUUCUAUGGCGCACAUUCUUUACAAAUGCCGUUGUGGCUGUGGUGUUGAGGGCUCUUAUACAAUUUUGUGAAGAGGGGGGAGGUCAAUGUGGUCUUUUCGGCAAAGGAGGACUCAUUAUGUUUGAUGUUAAUUCUGCAAAGCCUGCCUACACCACACCAGACCUCUUGGCAGUUAUUCUUUUUUUGGGUGUUAUUGGAGGUCUUAUGGGCAGCCUUUACAAUUAUCUUAUCGAUAAGCUCCUUCGCACUUACUCCAUUAUAAAUGAGAAAGGUCCAAUAUUCAAAAUCCUACUUGUCAUGAUUAUCUCCUUUCUCACAUCUUGUAUUCGAUUUGGGCUUCCAUUACUAUCCAAGUGUGUGCCAUGUCCGGGGGAAUGCCCCGCUCCCCCAACUGCAAAUUUUCAUGACUGUCCACCCAACCACUACAAUGAUCUCAGCUCUCUCUUUUUUACUACCAACGACGAUGCCAUCCGAAACCUAUUCAUUGAUGGCCAAAAUACAGGAUUUCAACUUUCAACUCUCAUCAUUUUCUUUGUGUCGAUAUACUUGUUGGGAAUUGUGACUUACGGUGUUGCCAUUCCCUCUGGCCUCUUCAUUCCUGUCAUACUUGCUGGAGCUUCUUAUGGCCGUCUUAUAGGGACUAUGUUGGCUCCAUACACUGUUCUUGAUACUGGUUUAUUUGCUCUCCUUGGAGCCGCAUCAUUCCUUGGUGGCACCAUGAGAAUGACUGUUUCUCUAUGUGUCAUACUUCUUGAACUUACUAAUAAUCUUCUCAUGCUCCCAUUGGUCAUGUUGGUUCUCCUCAUUUCUAAGUCUGUGGCUGAUUCUUUCAACAAAGGUGUUUAUGAUCAGAUUAUGCGCCUCAAAGGAUUGCCUUAUAUGGAGGCACAUGCAGAACCAUACAUGAGAAAUUUGGUUGCAGGGGAUGUUGUUUCUGGUCCUCUCUUUACAUUUUGUGGGGUUGAGAAAGUGGGGAAUAUUGUGCAUGCAUUGAAAGUGACAAGCCAUCACGGGUUUCCAGUGAUUGAUGAGCCUCCUUUGACAUAUGCUCCUCAGUUGUGUGGAUUGGUAUUGAGGUCUCACCUACUGGUACUACUUCUCAAGCACAAGACAUUAUUCACUAGGGAAAAGGUGAUGACAACUUCUACCGUUACGAACAAGUUUAAGGCGAACGAUUUUGCAAAACCGGGUUUAGGAAGAGGAAUAAGGGUGGAUGAUUUAGACAUUUCAAAAGAGGAGAUGGAAAUGUUUGUUGAUCUUCAUCCAAUCACUAAUACAUCUCCAUAUACUGUCGUUGAAACAAUGUCUCUUGCAAAAGCUGCUCUUCUUUUUCGAGAGGUUGGCCUUAGACACUUGCUCGUUGUGCCCAAGACACCAGGAAGGCCUCCAAUUGUUGGGAUCUUGACAAGGCAUGAUUUCAUGCCCGAGUAUAUCUUGGGACUAUUCCCCCAUUUGAAUCACCAAUAAUAAAGCUUUGUGGAAACCCUUUUUACUAGAGACCAAUCAAGAUCUUUACUUCAUAUUGUAUGUAGUUCUAGUAAUAGGAGAUAUGUGUGACUAAUUAAGCCACCCAAUUACUUAAUAAAAUGCAUGGACAUCAUAUGAAUUUUCAUCAAA